UCCCAUGAUUGAACCAAAAAACAAAUGAAAGAGAGAUGAUAAAAAAACGACAAAAGAAAAACAGCCUCACUUAAGUAAGUACUAGUAAUAUACUAUAUGGUAAUAAUAAUAAUAAUAACAAUAUUAAAUAAUAAUAUGUUUUUGUGGGGAGGCAAAAGCUAUGAUUUGAGAUUAUUGGUACCCCUCUUCCUGACACCACCUUGUCAUGAUUGACUCAACUCUUUCCUUCUGCCCUUCCCAAACUCUCUCAAAAAAUUAAAAAAAAAUUAAAAGUGAAAAAAUAAAAAAUAAAAAAUAAAAGUGAAAAAAGAAAAAUAAGAAAUGAUUAACUGCCCAUUCUCUUCUUUCUAUAUAACACCCUCUCAAUUGCACCAUUGAACAUACCAUUCUCUGUAAAGCUGCUUUUUCUCUGCCUUGUGAUCUCUUUCUCUCUCAAUUUUAGUCAAAGAUAUCUUCUUUGUGCACGCUCUCUGCAAAAGCCCAGGAUCUCCUCACCUCCCCCCUUCUUUGUGUUGUCUACUACUACUGAUUUUGAGGGUCAUCAAAAAAAAGAUUGAAUCUUUAUAUUGGGUUUGAAACAGAGGAAGAAGAUUGUUUCUGACAUCAAGGAUUUUGGGAAGAAAUUUACAGAAGAAAAGUUUUUUGGAGUGUUUUUUUUUGUGUUUCUAUCUAUACAAUUACAACACAAGAGAGAAAAUGAUGGUGGAAAAAGAUCAAGAUUUGGGUUUGAGUUUAAGUUUGAGCUUUCCAGAGAAAGUCAUGACCAACAAUAAUAAUAUGAUCAGAACUUCAGCAGCAGCUGAUUGUAGUUCCGGUACUGCUAAAUUGCAGUUGAAUCUCAUGCCUACUUUGGCUUCACCUUUCUCUCAUCUCCUUCACCAAAAAACUCCUUGGAGUACUAAUGAAGCUUUUCCUUCCUCAUCAGAUCGGAAUUUGGAGGCAUGCAGAGUGGAAACAAGGACCUUUUUAAAAGGAAUCGAUGUGAACCGGCUGCCGGCGGCCGCCGCCGAUGCGGAAGAGGAAGCCGGAGUUUCAUCUCCGAACAGUACUCUGUCCAGCAUAAGCGGCAAAAGAUGCGAAAGAGAGGCAAACGGUGAAGAUCUCGAUCUGGAGAGGACCUCUUCCAGAGGAAUCAGUGAUGAAGAAGACGGUGACAAUUCCAGAAAGAAGCUCAGACUUUCUAAAGAUCAAUCAGCCGUUCUCGAAGAAAGCUUCAAAGAACACAACACACUCAAUCCUAAACAAAAAUUGGCUUUGGCGAAAAGACUUGGAUUAAGGCCUCGUCAAGUGGAGGUGUGGUUCCAGAACAGAAGGGCAAGGACAAAGUUGAAGCAAACAGAAGUAGAUUGUGAGUACUUAAAGAGGUGUUGCGAAAGCUUGACGGAGGAAAACCGGCGGCUACAGAAAGAGGUGCAAGAGCUGCGGGCACUCAAAUUAUCGCCGCAAUUCUACAUGCAAAUGACGCCUCCGACCACCCUCACCAUGUGCCCUUCAUGUGAACGGGUGGCUGUCCCGCCGUCGUCGUCGGCUGCCGCUGCUGCCGGAACUCCAGCCGAUCAUCAUCACCAUCAGCACAGACCCCCCCACGGCAUGGUUCCGGCACGGACUCUUCCGUUCAACCCGUGGGCCACCACCGCCGCUGCCGCCACACCCAUCCCACAUCGGCCCUUUGAUGCUUUACACAGCCGAUCAUGAUCCUUUUUAUUUCCUAAUCGAAAUGGUCAAAAAUUAAACAACUUUAGAACUGUUGUGGAGUUUGAGUUUUUGACCGUUUUUAUUUUUUAAGGAAUCCAUCCAUGUGGGAUUCUUGUCAAAUAUCUCUGUAGUAGUACCAUUUUGUUGUGGGGGAUUUUGUGGGUCUUUUUUAGCUUUAGCUUUUAGAUGGGGUUUUGGUGUUUUUUUAGUUUUGACCCUCUUUUAUGCUCUGAUUAUUAUUUACUUACUUACCAAGAAGUAGUUAUUUGACUAAUUAGAUUAGUCUGAAAAUUAGUACUACUAAUUAGUUCUCUUUCUCACCACAUCAUUCUAAUAUAUUUGGUGUGAAGAGGACUUGAAAUGUAAAGAUCGAGUUGUUAGAUUCUUCCUGUAGUUUGAGUUCUUUCUCUUAAAUGGAAGUUUCAAUAGUUAUAAGUGACUUUUUACUAUACGCUACUUUUUCCUAAAUGAGUUCAUAUUCAUGACCUGA